UGAGAGGAGCUGCUCAAACAAAGUGCAGCUACAAAACACAGCUUUUAUCUCAUGCAUUUUGAAUGUAGAGUGCAGCUUUGAAUAUUUUGGAGAUCAGGCAAAGGAGCUCCCAAACAGCUCGUUACAGAUGCUGCAGUGUUUGUGAGUCGACCUAAGCCGUGUGACUUUAAUCUGCCAAAAAACCUGCAAAGAUGAACGGGACGGUUGGUAACUGCAGUGUGCCGUCAGCAGAGUACCAGUACUACUUCUUCCCGGUGGUCUACAUCUUAGCUUUAGUUGUGGGUCUGCCAGGAAAUCUGGCUGCCCUCUACGUCUUCACCUUCAGGAUCACGCCCCGCACGGCCUUCAGCGUGUACAUCAGCAACCUGGCGCUGGCCGACAUCGCCAUCCUCUGCACUCUGCCCUUUAAGAUCCACUACCACCUCAACAGGAACAACUGGGUGUUUGGCGACGUCACCUGCCGCAUCACUGGGAUCCUCUUCUUCGCCAACAUCUACAUGAGCAUCUGCUUCAUGACAUGUAUCUGCGUGGAUCGCUACAUGGCCACCGUACAUCCGCACACCUAUCUGAGGCUGCGGAGCUCCUGGUGCUCUCUGGUUGUCUGUGUGGUGCUCUGGUGUGUGGUUGUCAUGGCCAUGUUGGUGUUCGUCCUCAUGGGGCCCCUGGAAACCAACGCAGACAAAUCUGGAAGCCACAGCUGCUUUGAGAACUUCGCCAAGAGCGAGUGGAACAAGCGUUUGGCGGUGUACAGCGUGCUUUCCCUCAUCUUUGGCUCCCUGCUGCCCUCCGUGAUCAUCCUGGUGUGCUACCCGCUGGCCGCCAGGCGCAUCUCCAUGAUAAGGACAAAAACGGCCCAGAAAGCAGUGAGGGUCAUUUACAUCAUCCUGGCUAUAACGCUGCUCUGCUUCCUGCCCAACCAUGUCGUGUACCUGCUGCACCUCCUUCGACGCAUAGACAUCAUCCAGAGCUGCUCCGCUGCCAACGCCAUCCACAACGCCAGGCGGGUCACCAUGGCGCUCGUCAUCCUCAACACAUGCCUGGACCCCGUGCUUUACUACGCCACCACCAGCCACUGCAAAUGGAAGCAGGUGAAGAUGACAAAAAGGCUGUGGGGAAGAGUGAGGAGGAGGAGGGGUGUUUACACCAUAGCAGUGAGCUGAAGGGUUAACAGCAAGUUUCCUGUAAAUAUAUCUCUUGAUGUGCUUCAUUGUUGUUUAAAGUGUAAUUUCAGUACUGCAAACAUUUAAGUUUUCUAUAAAAUGUUUUUUUAUUCAAAUUGACUUUGUACAUCAAAAUAAAGGAAUAUAUCAGAAUUUGGGUGUUUGUCUUUUUUUUCAGUUCAGCCUAUAAAUGAGUCUAUGAAACACCGUCACUAUUAUAUUUAGAAAAAUUGGUACAUUUUCAGGGUAAUUUUGGCAUAUUUCCAACCCUAUUUCUUGAGUCUAAUUGACUAAAAGAAACAACAUUUUUUGAGAGCUGCAGCCAGCAGCACCGAAACAGGAUACAAUGUCACCACUCGGGGGAUUUGUGCACCCAAAAAGUCCAAUAAAAGUACUUGUUUUUGCCACUGACAGUCUCAGAUUAUUAUUCAAAGUGUCUGACAACAUUAUGACAAGAUCCAUACAGAGAUAGGCCUGUUUUUAAGAGUAAGGCCCCUUUUGUUUAACCAGAAACAGCCAUGAAAUUGUGGUCACCAAACCCACCAGACUUCAUUUAAAUAAACAGUCAUUUAAGUGUGUGUAGAACCUGCACAAUUUUACAUCUAC